CUACAAACCUAGCUUGGAGGACAUCCCCCCCUUUCUUAAAAGAAUAUGCCACCUCAGUAGUGAAGCCCUCUAUCAAUAUCUGCUCGAGACGAGCGUGUACCCUCGCGAGCACGAGUGCAUGAAGGAGCUCCGCGACGCCACCGACAAGCAACCAUUGCGUUGCAUGUUGACCUCCCCGGACGAAGCGCAGCUACUGGGCAUGCUGCUGAAACUGAUCGGCGCCAAGAAUACGUUGGAGGUCGGCGUGUACACUGGCUACUCCCUUCUGGCCACUGCCCUUGCGUUGCCUGACGACGGCAAGGUAUUGGCUAUGGAUAUCAAGAGGGAGUACUACGAGAUAGGGCUCCCGAUGAUCAAGAAGGCUGGCGUCGCGCACAAGGUCGACUUCCGGGAGGGCCCCGCGCUGCCCAUGCUCGACCGGCUUCUAGAAGAUGUACGUCGGCAUGCAAAGCACGGGUCGUUCGACUUCGCGUUCGUGGACGCGGACAAGGACAACUACCUGAACUACCACGAGAGGCUGGUGAGGCUGGUGAGGCCCGGCGGCGUGAUCGGCUACGACAACACUCUGUGGUGCGGCACGGUGGCGGCCGACACCGAUGCCGUCGCCGCCGGCGGCGCAGGCGCCAGAGUCUUGGCCUACUACCGCCACUUCGUGCUGGAGCUCAACGCGUCGCUAGCUGCCGACCCCCGCGUCGAGAUCUGCCACCUCACCAUCGGCGACGGCCUCACCCUCUGCCGCCGGAUCAAGUGACUUA